UCACACAUGCGCAGAAGAGCCUCGCACUCAGCCGGACUGUCACUAGUGACCGGGAGUGUUACAACGUUAGCUUGACUGCUAAAUUCAGGCUUUACAAACCCCUUGCCGUUCGUGUUAAAUAAAAGUUGUACUCCCCUCUUGACUGUCUUCGUGAGGACAUGUUUCUUCGAGAGGUUUGUUUUGUGCGGCUCCGUAUGAUUUAAUCCGGAAACUUGCAGCAUAGAAUGUAAAUUGCAUUUAUCGGCAGUGAACGGACAGUUAGCCACCGUGGAGCUGAAGCAGCUAGCGACAGAGACUUAGUUUGUGGUUCUGACGUUUAAACCUGUGAAAGUUCGUGGUUUAGUGUUACAGGACGAGUCCACUCUCCACGUUUUUGAGACCGUACCUUCUGUGGACACCUCCCCUAACCUUGUUGUCCACUUGAGGACAGAGAGAUUGGAGGCGGUUACAGUGAACCCAAAACCACUGACCAAGUUUCAUGCAGCAGAAAGAAGGAAGAUCCAGGUUAUCUGCCUGAAACCUUAACCCACUAGGACAUGUGAAGGUUGAAAAGAAGGAUUGUGAACAGGAGAAUCCCAAGUGGCGUGACUGAGGAUGGCUGAGAUGAUGAAGGUUGAAGCAGAUGAACCUGGAGGGAUCAGCUCGGAGCCCCCCGUACCUGCAGCCUCGAUAUCAGAACUAGAGGAGGAAGCACAAGACAGCAAAGAUAUCAUCUAUCAGAUGUUGGUGAUUAAAGAAGAGGUUCCCUAUGACUGGGGCUCCAGUUCGGACCAGCAGGAUCCAAACUCUAACGAGGAGGCGGCAGUUUGGCUCUGUCAGGAUGGAGAGGUGCUUACUGUGAAAAUUGAAGAUGAAGAGAAGCCUGAGCUAUCAGAACUUUGUCCAUUUAAAACCAAUGACAACAGAGAUGCUCAAUCUCAGAAUAGCAGUUUAUCUAAACAGAUGGAAACAUACCCUGAUGGAGGGGACUGUGGAGGACCAGAACCAGACAGAAAUGUAGAUCCGUUGUGUUUCUCUACGCAAGACCAAGUAAAAGUUUGCAAACGAGGUAAAAGCUCUGAACUUUCUCUGAAACUUAUGAGUCAGAGUGGAGUUCAUGCCAGAAAGAAACAAUUUGAUUGCAAUUUUUGUGGUAAAAUAUUUAAACAUAGGACUUCUGUUAAAUUACACAUGACGAUUCACAGUGGAAAAUUAGAACAUAGCUGUUAUCUUUGUGGAAAAGGAUUUAGAGAGAAGAGUUCUCUUAAAACUCAUAUGAUGCUCCAUACUGGGGAGAAACCAUUUGCAUGUGAUGUUUGCUGUAAAAAAUUUCCUACAAAGGCAAAUCUGAAAACUCACAUGAAUGUCCAUUCGGGAGAAAAACCUUUUUCAUGUGAUAUUUGUGGUGCAAUAUUUAAGGUAAAGGAAAGUCUUAUUAACCACAUGUGGAUUCACACCACAGGAAAACCAUUUGUUUGUAGUGUUUGUAGUAAGGGAUUUUCACGCCAAGGAAUCCUAAACAGACACAUGCGCAUUCACACAGUAGAUAAACAGUUUAUUUGUGGUGUUUGUAGUAAAGGAUUUUCCCGGCAAGGGAAUUUAAAGAGUCACAUGAAUGUUCACACAAGUGAGAAAUCGUUUAUUUGCAGUGUGUGCAGUAAAGGAUUUUCUGAACAUAGGAGCUUAAAAACUCACAUGCGUGUUCACACAGGGGAGAAACCAUUUAUAUGUGGUGUUUGUAAUAAAGGAUUUUCCCAACAAGGGAAUCUAAAAAUUCACAUGCGUGUUCACACAAGUGAGAAACCUUUUACAUGUAGUGUUUGCAGUCAAGAAUUUUCUUUAAAAGUUAGUCUAAAAGCUCACAUGUGUGUUCACACAAAAGAGAAACCAUUUAUUUGUAGUAUUUGUAGCAAAAUAUUUUCAUGGAAACAGAGCCUAAAAAAUCACAUGCGUGUUCAUACAGGUGAGAAACCGUUUAUUUGUAGUGUUUGUAGUAAAGGAUUUUCACAGAAGGAGACUCUAAAAAGUCACAUGCGUGUUCACACAGGUGAGAAACCGUUUUUUUGUGAUGUUUGUAGUAAAGGAUUUUCUCUAAAAGCGAUCCUAAAAACUCAUAUGCGUAUUCACACAGGCGAGAAACCGUUUACCUGUAGUGUUUGCAGCAAAGAAUUUUCACAGAAAGAGACCCUAAAAAGUCACAUGCGUGUUCACACAGGUGAGAAACCGUUUGUUUGUGACAUUUGCAGUAAAGGAUUUUCUCUAAAAGGGAAUUUAAAAAGUCACAUGCGUGUUCACACUGGCGAGAAACCGUUUACUUGUGAAGUUUGUUUAACAGGAUUUUUACAAUCCAGAACUCUGAAAACACACAUGGCUGUUCACACUGCACAAUUUAGCUGUAGUGAGUGUGGCAAAAAUUUUGUAAAGGAAAUACAGCUGGAGCGACACAUCCGACUCCACUCUGAGGAGAGGCCAUUUGGUUGUGAUGUCUGUAAGAACAGAUUUAAUCACAAACACUGUCUUGAAAGACACAUGAAACUCCAUUUAGGAGAGAAACCGUCCAUGUGCGGUGUUUCCUGUCAAGCAUUUUCAUAACAUGGAGUUCUGCAGAAACACAUCAAUAUUCACGAGGGCUGAAACUAACAAUUAUGACAACAGUCAACUAAUCUUUUGACUGCUCAAUGAUAAUUUCAAUCUGUAGCUUACUGUUUUGUAAUCCACAAUGGUAAACAUUUUGUUCCACAUUCUCCCUUGUCUGUACAGCUGUGAAUUUCAUCUCAAUGGCAAUGCGCUUUCACAAAAAUUGGGAUUGGUGAACUUCAACUUUUUUUUUCUUAGAUCUCUUGUUCCUGUUGAACAUCUGAAACACUGGAGAUGACUCAGUCCUGAACUUUUUUCUUUGAUUACAAAUUAAGCUUUCCAGCGUAAUCUGUAAUUUUUCACUCCUUCACUUUAGGAAGAUGCAAGGAAGUAAAUGUUAAUGCUUUGUGACAUAUAAAAGUAUUAUAUUAGCGCAACCAUGAAAACUACAAAAUAAAAAAUCCUAAAUAAACAGGUUCUCAGGUACUUAGGAUGGGAACUGAUCGUUGAAUCAUUCAAAAAGAAGGGAAUGGAUAAUCUUGAUUUAUUGACUUACCUGUGAAAAUUCAUUUUUUACAUUUUUAAAUAAAAAAAUUUAUGAUUUUCCUUAAAUAAAAUAUGACAAUUUCUUACCAGCCUCCGAUUUAACAAAAUCAGUUUGGAAGGAGUACAUUCUCUUUACCAGGAAGUCAUACUUUGUAGAAGAAAACAUAAAUUUACUUAUAAGAAUCAAAAUAUUGACAAUAUUGGGAAUUGAAUGUAUAUAUUGGUCCUAGGGACUAAUAGGAUAUAUAUCUCAUUAGCAAUCUUGCAAAUAUAUUUUAAUGAUAAAGAAACAACCUUAAAUCUACCUUAAAGUAAAUUUCCAAAGGUUUCUGACUGUGGAGGAGUCCUAACUCAAGACUAGGGUUAUCUUUAGAUAGUAGAUUUAUUUUUAAAAUCUUAAUUUUGUAAAUAACAAAGAUUUAAAUGGACAUGCCACAUAAUUUUAUCUGUUCACAUGUUUCAUGUGAGGAUACAAAUGACUACAAAGAAACAGAACCUAGGAAACUAUUAACCAGUUAUCAACUAACUUUGGGUACUUCUGAGCUAUCAGACUUUGCUUUGUUUGCCCUGUUAAUGCCUUUUCUGUUUUUAAUUCAUGUGGUGUUGAAUACACUUUGAGGAAAAAGUUGGAUUAUUAUUAGUUGAGACAUGGCAAAAGGACAGAAUUUUGUAUUUUAAUUAAACGUGUCCUCCAAAGUUCUGUUUUUACCACACCUUGCCAUAGAGUCUCUUUAACCCAAAUAAAACUGUACUUUGUUUAAAUGGCUCAUUACUUUUAAAAUUUUGCUCCAUAAAGGAGAUUUGCAUAAUUCAUUUUAGAAUUUGGCCUUCUGGUCCAGAUGGUUAAUUUUGCUGAAUUUAAAGACUUCAGUUAAUUAUUAUAUCUCGCAUAUGUCCCUUGCUGUAAAGUUGCCUCAGAUUUGUAUUGUCUAACAUUAAAGCUCAAGGUCUUGGUAGCAUUUUCCUUGGACAAAAGCCUUUUGUUGAGUGACCAAAAGACAAGGUAUUGUGGAGUCUGUGGUUCACUUAAAUGGAGAAGCAUGCUGAUAUUAGUUUACUCCUGUUAAGGGCUUUUUUGAAAUAAAAUACUUUAUUCAGAUAA